AUGCACGCGAAUACUACGAUUACGUCGGACAAGGCCUUGCGGGCGGCUAUGGGCCGUCGAGGGGUUGAGGAGGCUGCUUGGGAGGGACUUCGCGCGCUUUUCCACACCGAAUAUCUUCUCAUGGCCGAAUACGUAGAAGCUGUGCUUCCCGUGUUGUACGUGGCCUAUCUAGCGCUUAUUUAUCACUUGCCAGUGGCAAGAUUUUACCCUCAUACCGCUUCUCUAAGCCCCGAAAAUUUGGUUCGGACGGUGGUUAGUGUCCUGAUGUACGCCACAGUCGAGACGGUCACGUUUAUCGGCCUAUUGGCCUUGAUGAGGAAGAAAUUCGGGAUGUCGCCACUGUACCAGCUCGCAUUCGUACUGGAAACACAGGCGCACACGCUGCAGGGCCACUUGUUCGUCUGGUCCAUCUACAUUCUGCAUCUGCCGCUAGUGCACUACGGUAUGGAUCUCAGCUUGGGUUUGUCGUGA